AUGCAGCUCCUCACGACGUUCACUGGCCUGCUCACCGUAGCUGCCUCGGUGUCAGCAGCACCGAUGGAGACUGUGGCGAAGAGAGACGUCGGCGGUGUCCUCAUCUGCCAGGGCGCAAACGCAACCGGGACAUGCCACUACGAGAAAUACACGCUGGAUGAAUGCCACGACCUGCCCACAGAUCUGUCUGGCAACGCAUCGACGUUUGCACCGGAUGGUGACAACUUCUUCUGCUUCCCCAAGGUAGGAAACUGCGCAUCGAUCUGCACGUCGCCGACGGGCUGCACCUUCGGCGCUGUCGACUUCAACAGCCCCGUCAAGUACGACCUCAGCUCGAUACAGUGGGACCACUUGAUCCAGUCGUUCCGCUGCCAACUGAACCAGACCGCGACGGCCACGACCAAAGCUUGA